UCGGUCUAUCUUGACAGAUGUGACAAACUCAGUGUGUGGCUCUGACGUCAGCCUGCUGGUCUCUGUCUCUUCAACAUGGAGCGGAAAGUUGCUCGGGAAUUUCGACACAAGGUGGAGUUGCUGAUUGAAAAUGAAGCAGAGAAGGAUUACCUGUAUGACGUCCUGCGCAUGUAUCACCAGUCGAUGGAUCUCCCAGUGCUGGUUGGGGACCUGAAGCUGGUGAUCAACGAGCCAAAGCGUUUGCCCCUGUUCGACGCCAUCCGACCUCUCAUCCCACUCAAACACCAGGUGGAGUACGACCUCCUCACACCCAAGAGGUCACGGAAGCUCAAAGAGGUGCGUUUGGAUCGGACGCAUCGUGACGGACUCGGUCUGAGUGUCCGAGGAGGGCUGGAGUUUGGCAGCGGCCUCUACAUAUCACAGAUCGUCAAAGACGGUCAGGCCGGGAAUGUCGGCCUUCAGCUCGGUGACGAGAUCGUGCGUAUAAAUGGAUACUCCAUUUCCUCCUGUAUCCACGAGGAGGUCAUCAGUCUCAUCAAGACCAAGAAGAUAGUGUCGCUCAAAGUCAGACAUGUGGGGAUGAUCCCAGUGAAGAGUUCGUCAGAUGAGCCGCUGAAGUGGCACUUUGUUGACCAGUUUGUUUCUGAGUCAGGGGAGAAAAAAAACAGCGUUGCAGGCUUGGCAUCGAUCGGAGGGAAGGAGAUCAAGGAGAAGAAGGUUUUCCUCAGUCUUGUGGGCACAAAGGGAAUGGGCAUCAGCAUCUCCAGCGGUCCCACACAGAAACCCGGUAUCUACAUCAGUAACGUCAAACCUGGCUCUCUCUCUGCAGAAGUUGGACUUCAGAUUGGAGACCAGAUUGUGGAGGUGAAUGGGGUCGAUUUCACCAACACGGACCACAAAGAGGCUGUGAGGGUCUUGAAGAGCAGCAGGAGUCUGACUAUUACUGUUCUGACAGGAGCUGGCAGCGAGUUGUUCAUGAGCGACGAGGAGCGGCUGGCCGUGGAGGCUCGCCGGGAGCUGGAGAGGCAGGAGCUGAUGCACCAGAAGAGGGUGGCACUGGAGACCAACAAAAUCAUCAAAGAUCAGCAGGAGAAGGAGAAGCAGAGAAAGAUGGAAAUUUCUCAGAAAGCUGCAGAAGAAGAGGAGCGUUAUAAGAAGGAAAUGGAGAAGAUCGAUGCUGUGGAGAAGAAGCACAGCAGAGAGUGGGAGGAGGACUGGGGCAAGAAAAACAGGCCCAAGAGCCCGAAGAGCCCGAAGAGCCCGUCACCUGCCCCACCUGAAACAAAAACCACUGCGAAGACAAAGAGCUCUCCUGAUGAAGGCAGCUACUUCGCAGAGGAAGACGAGGAGGAAAAGGAGGGCAGACAAGGAUUUCAGAAAUACGAGGACGGUUUUGAUCCCUACUCAAUGUUUUCCUCGGACCAGAUAGACGGACGAGACGUGAGGCUGCUGAGAAUCAAAAAGACCGGACAGCUCGACCUGGCUCUGGAGGGUGGAGCAGACUCUCCUCUGGGAAAGUUGGUGGUGUGCUCUGUGUAUGAAGGUGGAGCUGCAGAUAGGCACGGGGGCAUUGUACCAGGGGAUGAACUCAUGGCCGUGAACGGGAAAAUCCUGAUCGAUGCCACAUUGACCGAGGGACAAAACUCUCUGGCUCGGGCCUGGAAUAGUGGAGGGGACUGGAUCGAUGUUGUGAUCGCUGUUUCUCCUCCGAAAGACUAUGAAGAUGAAGUGACGUUCUUCUAGUCUUUAACAACCUGCCAAGAAAACCAGACUGAUUGAGAAGAAGGGUUUUUUUACGAUUGAUGAUUCCUUCAAGAUGCACAGUCUGAUUAAUCACGAUGAAAAAUCAGUUUCCGCUUUAUCUUCCUACACAUCUGUACAGGUCUUUUUGUGUUUACUUAACAUUACUCUAUUCUCUUUGAGAAUCAGCCUUGUGUCAUAUUUUGAGAUAUUGACACCGGUUCACAUACUACCUGUAUUUAAGGAUGAUCCUGUAGAUAUUUGGUUGUCUCCAGUAAACUGCCUCAUCCAUGUCACGCCUGAACGCGCUUGAUCUCUUUAAGAGACAAAUGACCAUCCAUACAUCUUUUAGGCAGCAAACUGUAAUCAAUAGCACCUCUGUAAUCUGAAAAAUAAAGGACUGCAGCUCACAUAAGUGGAGUUUCUGUUCUGUGUUUCUGUAAUCUCUGCUUUGCGGCUGUGGCUUAGGAGGUAGAGCGGAUAGAAGACUGAUGGUUCGAUCACAGUCUCCGCCGUUCCUCCUGUUGAUGUGUCCUGAGGCAAGUUGCUGAGCCCUAAAUUGUGUGUGAGUCACUUGUCAUUUGUUGGAGCGGGUGAAUAGAAAAACUGCUGUAAAGAGCUUUGAGUGACCAUCAAGACCAGAAGAAAUCAUUUUAAAACUCAGGACUUUAUAUCUAUCUUUGACACGUUGUGGGAACUGUUGUGUGUCUCUAUAUCGUACGGUCUCAACCCUGCUAUGUAAAUUGCACUGGGUUAAUACAUGUUGUGGGUCGGCACCUUGCAAAUAAAAUGGAAUUCAAUAUAAAAUUUCUUGAAAUGAUAUGUUCAGGAUUUGUUCCCCAUGUUUUGAUGAUUUGUUUUUGAUGUUGAUUAGAUUUGAGUAUAAUA